AUGACUUCGGUGAUCAACAAGCGCCAGCAGGCGCGCAACGAGAGGGCCCUGCAGGAGCUCAUCCGCUCCGUGCCCGGAAACGAUCGAUGUGCCGAUUGCCAGACGAGAAACCCAGGAUGGGCCAGCUGGAACCUGGGCGCUUUCCUCUGUAUGCGGUGCGGGUCGCUGCAUCGGAAGAUGGGCACGCAUAUCUCAAAGGUCAAAUCCUUGAGUAUGGACAGCUGGACGAGCGACCAAGUCGAGAAUAUGAGACGAAGGGGUAACGAUGCUGUCAACAAAGAAUACAACCCCAAAGGCAUCAAGCCCGCCAUACCCAUCGACGCCGACGAAGCCGAUUCGGUAAUGGAGCGAUUUAUCCGGCAAAAGUACGAACACCGCAUCCUAGAAGACGGGAAACCGAAGCCUCCGAGCAGAGACGAUUCUGGCUAUCAUACGCAGAGGUCGUUUGACGAGUCUAUGCCACAUUCUUCGCCUCCAAUUCCUCCCAAGAGCGGCCGGAAGUUUGGCUUUGGACUACGAUCUGUGUCGUCGACGAGUCGAUUGCCGCAGAUCUCCUCCGAUCGAGCAACGACGCCAUCUUCUCCUUCAUCUGCUACGUAUGCUCCCUCGUCCCCCUCGGUGUCGAUAAACAAACAAUCCCGCGUCUUUGGUAUCAAUCUCGGAGAGGCGAAUGUGGCGUCUGUGGAAAUGAAGCUGAAGAUGCUGAGAGAUAUGGGCUUUCCCAAUGACAGACGCAAUGCCUCUGUAUUGAAGGGCCACUUUGGCGACCUAGAGCGUGCUGUUGAGUCUCUGACUCGUCUGGGCGAAGGAGGCCAGGGUGUGUCUUCACAGCCAGGGGCCAGUGAAAGUCUGUCGAACCCGGACCUAGCGCCGCCGCCCAUUUCAAAGUCUGCUGCCAAUGAUCCUUGGAGUAUCAACACAACGGUCUCCGCUUCGGCUGGUGCGCAGGUGAAUUCUUCAGCUCCAGCUACCAAGUCUUAUAACCCCUUCGAUGCUCCUCAACCUACGCCGCAACAGGCGCCUGCUACGGGUCUUGAAAACUCCUUCCAGAACCUGCAGGUCUCGCAACCGCUUUUUCCCCAUACUACCGGUGGCUAUCCUAGCCGACAGAUGACGGACCCCACAGCUCUUCCCUCGCUACAGACUUCGCAAUCCUACACAAACUCUCCACAGUCGAUAAACCACAACCCGUUCUUCAUGUCAGCGCCUGCGUCGGCCCAAUCUACUGGAAAUCCGUACUUUAGUCAGUCCGCACAGUCUACGCCGAUCCAACCUACUCAAAGCUUGUCGCCUGGAAACCCGUUCUUUGGGUCAAUUUCCGCGCAGUCGACCGGUGCGCAGCAGAACCAAUCUCAGUCGUUGCAGGGGUAUCCUCCCCCUCGACACGCCAAUACCAUGCCUUUGUACUCUUCGGCGCAGAUGUUUGCACCGCAGCAGCAGCAGCAGCAACAACAACAACAACAACAACAACACCCACAAUACUUGCAAUCCUCUCAGACAUCGUACAACCCCUUCAAUAACCCCAACACGUCACCCUUCAACGUUCAACAGCAGCAACAGCAGCAGCAAUUUCAAACAUCAUACAAUCCAUAUCAAAACCAGCAGAUGGCGAUGCAGACAGCCAGAAUGGACAAGAACAGUAUCAUGUCUCUCUACAAUCUCGCGCCAUCGGGACCAGCGACGAUGUCGACGAUCCCCGAACAGUCCCAACCACAGCAACCACCGCCGCAACAGCAACAGCAACAGCAACAACAAGCAACCAAUAAUCCCUACCAAACCACCAGCCCUGCGCCCUCACUCUUGACCGCAUCAGGAUCAACACCUCAGACAAUGCAAUCGCAGUCUCCAUUCAACAUAUCCACCCCGCAACGCAGCGCCACAAUGCCCGAGUUCGUCUCCCCGAGACCUUCGGAUCCCAUAAACAACAACCCCUUUUUCAACACUGCUCAGCCGCAACAGCAGCAACAACAACAACAACAACAACAACAACAACAACAAAGCUUAAACCCAUUUCCAACAGCAGCCCCCAUGGCAGCACCGGCCCAAUCUGCCGGUUUAGGAAUUGGCCUAGGCCAGACAGCAGUGCCUCCCCCUCCGCCUACGAAAAUGAACUUUAUGCCAAUGUCCCAUAUGAGUAAAGGAAGUGUAGAUAUUAACGGGUUACAAAACGGCCGUCACAGUCCUGAUGCAUUUGCCAGUUUGAGUGCAAGAUAUGCGUGA